UCGUGAAAGAUUUCCCUUGGAGCUCUUUUUCACUUUUUCUAGUCCCACUCUGCACACUCAACUUGUUCCUUUAUUCCCAUUGCUCUUCCAAUACCAUCAACUGUCCAACACUGACAUCUUAAGAAAACCUCCAGAACCUUCAUAAACGCAGAGCUCUCCCUCAGUUUAUCACAACAACAACAAAAAGCAAAGAAAAAAAUUCCCAAAGAAGGAAAGAAAAGGAAAAUAAGAGAAAAACUCCCCAGAAAAGGGAAAGAAAAUGAAUCCCUCAGACAACAGUGACCACCCUCAACUCCCAACAAUCAAGAUCCACCACCCAUCCUCCCCUCACCACCCAACCUCCACCGCCACCCCCACCGCCGGCGCCCGCCGCAAGAUCGGCGUAGCCGUUGACCUCUCCGAAGAAUCCGCCUUCGCCGUCCGCUGGUCCGUCCAGAACUACAUCCGACCCGGUGACGCUGUCAUCCUCCUCCACGUGUCACCCACCUCCGUACUCUUCGGAGCCGAUUGGGGCCCACUCCCCCACACCCCACAAACCCCGGAAACCCCGCAGUCCCAAAAGCAGCUGGAAGACGAUUUUGAUGCCUUCACGGCUUCAAAGGCGGCGGAUUUGGCCAGACCCUUGAAGGAAUCAGGGUUUCCCUUUAAGAUUCAUAUAGUGAAAGAUCAUGAUAUGAGGGAAAGAUUGUGUCUUGAGGUGGAGAGGUUGGGGUUGAGUGCUGUUAUAAUGGGGAGUAGAGGGUUUGGAGCUGAGAAAAGAGGCAGUGAUGGAAGGUUGGGAAGUGUUAGUGAUUAUUGUGUGCAUCACUGUGUUUGUCCUGUUGUUGUUGUUAGGUAUCCUGAAGAUAAAGAUGGCGGGAAUGGCGAGCCCGUGGUGACGGUUAAGGAGGCUGAGGUGGAGGAGGAAGGUGGCAAAGAUGACGAGUAGGGCACAGUGGCAGUACAUGAUCCAUAUGGCUGACCCAUUUAUCGGGAAAAAGCUCAGUUUGUUGUGAUGCUUAGCAAGUCCCUGGUAAUUGCAGCUUUAUCCUAUCAGUAUCAGAUAGCAUAGAUGGCUGUGAGUCGAUAAGGAUUAGCUGGGACAAAGAGAAGUCAUCAAAUCUUUGGUGGUUAAUGGCACUUGGUUAAAACGGAUCAUAGGAUUUUCUCUUUCUACUUUCAUCUCCCCUUUGCAUGACUCUAUCGAUGAUGUUAUUGUAUGGUUGAUGAGGUUUUUUUUUUUUUUUCUUCUUUCAAUUAUGGCACUCGAGGAGAUUAUUGUGUUUUGCUGUACUGUGAUAUAAGAUAAUCCCAGUGUCAACAUUGGCUUUCUAUUUUAUGAGCUGUUUUUGUGGCCAUACUGCAGGGCAGAAAUAUGAAAGUAUUUGAUGAGCUUCACCUUGAA